AUGCAGAAAUUCUCGUCUAUAUUGCUUUUGAGGCUUGCAUUCCAGAGUCUGGGAGUAGUGUAUGGAGACUUGGGAACAUCUCCAUUGUAUGUGUUCUACAAUACUUUUCCCAAUGGGAUAAAUGAUACAGAGGAUAUUAUUGGUGCUCUAUCAUUGAUUAUAUAUUCGCUUACGCUAAUACCUCUCCUCAAGUACGUUUUCAUAGUGUGUAGAGCAAAUGACAGUGGUCAAGGGGGCACCUUUGCACUUUAUUCAUUACUUUGUCGACAUGCUAAAGUCAAAACGAUCCCCAACCAACACCGCACAGAUGAGGAGCUGACAACUUACAGCCGUAGCACGUUCCACGAGCUUUCAUUUGCGGCUAAAACCAAGAGAUGGUUGGAGGCGAAUACAUUUAGAAAGAAUGCCCUUCUUAUACUAGUACUUGUUGGCACUUGCAUGGUAGUUGGGGAUGGAAUUCUCACUCCUGCUAUAUCAGUUCUUUCAGCUUCUGGUGGGAUUAAGGUGGACCAUCCGAAGAUGAGUAAUGAUGUUGUUGUGCUUGUUGCUGUAGUCAUAUUAGUAGGUUUAUUUAGUAUGCAACACUAUGGUACGGAUAAAGUUGGUUGGCUGUUUGCUCCAAUUGUGCUGCUUUGGUUUCUCUUAAUUGGAGGUAUUGGCAUCUUCAACAUAUGCAAAUAUGAUAGUUCUGUUCUGAAAGCCUUUUCACCUGUUUAUAUAUAUCGAUACUUCAAAAGAAGAGGAAAAGCUGGUUGGACCUCUCUUGGAGGAAUCAUGCUCAGUAUCACAGGGAUAGAAGCACUUUUUGCUGAUCUUGCCCACUUUCCUGUUUCGGCCGUACAGCUCGCUUUCACAGUAGUUGUGUUUCCUUGCCUUCUCUUGGCCUAUUCUGGACAAGCAGCCUACCUCAUGCAAAAUAAGGAUCAUGUCACCAAUGCAUUUUAUCGUUCUAUACCAGAUGGCAUAUACUGGCCAAUGUUCAUAAUUGCAACACUGGCUGCUGUUGUGGCUAGCCAGGCCACCAUAUCGGCUACUUUUUCAAUAAUCAAGCAGGCCCUUGCACUUGGCUGUUUUCCAAGAGUCAAAGUUGUACAUACAUCAAAGAAGUUCCUCGGACAGAUAUAUAUUCCCGAUAUGAAUUGGAUCCUUAUGAUUCUUUGUAUCGCUGUCACUGCUGGAUUCAGAAAUCAAAGCCAAAUUGGCAAUGCUUAUGGUACAGCAGUUGUGAUAGUAAUGCUGGUGACCACCUUUCUCAUGACAUUAAUAAUGUUACUCGUUUGGCAUUGUCAUUGGAUUCUUGUCCUGAUUUUCACUGGCUUAUCGCUGGCGGUGGAGUGUACAUACUUUUCAGCAGUGCUUAUCAAGGUCGAUCAAGGUGGUUGGGUUCCCCUUGUGAUUGCUGCAGCCUUUCUUGUCAUCAUGUAUGUCUGGCACUAUGGUACAGUCAAGAGAUACGAAUUUGAGAUGCAUAGUAAGGUCUCCAUGGCUUGGAUUCUAGGGCUAGGUCCCAGCUUAGGGCUGGUCCGAGUGCCAGGGAUAGGACUCGUGUACACUGAGCUAGCAAGUGGGGUACCGCAUAUUUUUUCACACUUCAUCACGAACCUACCAGCUAUACAUUCAGUUGUAGUCUUUGUGUGUGUGAAGUACCUUCCAGUUUACACAGUUUCCGAAGAAGAGAGGUUUCUUGUGAAACGAAUGGGCCCAAAGAACUUUCACAUGUUCCGUUGUGUUGCAAGGUAUGGUUACAAAGACCUUCACAAAAAAGACGACGAUUUUGAGAAAAAGAUCUUUGAAAAUCUCUUCACAUUUGUUCGGCUGGAGGCUAUGAUGGAAGGGUGUUCUGAUUCAGAAGAGUACAGCUUAUAUGGACAGCAAACACAGCGGUCUAGAGACUUCUUGCUGAAAGAUAAUGCUCACACUUCUACCUCUGAUAUUGACCUCACAAUCUCAACAGUGGACUCAAUCGUGCCUGCAAAAUCUCCUCUGCAUGCUAACGCGAUCACAUCAUCAGGGCGAGAAAGCAGCCAAACAGAAGUCGAAGAAUUGGAGUUUUUGACCAGUUGCAGAGAUGCUGGCGUGGUGCAUAUACUUGGGAACACAGUGAUUAGGGCAAGGAGAGAUUCUGGAAUUCUCAAGAAAAUUGCCAUUGAUUAUAUAUAUGCAUUUCUUAGAAAGAUAUGCAGGGAAAACAGUGUAAUCUUUAAUGUUCCACAUGAAAGCCUUUUAAAUGUAGGACAGAUUUUCUCUGUGUGA